AUGCGGCGCUCACUCUUGCUCUGUACGCGGUCGCUCUGGGCGAUCCCUACAACCACAAGCAGAUAUGCACGCCUUCUCCACACAUCGACAGACAGCACGUCAACCUUGAAGUCAACAAAUAAACCGGCCUCACCCUUGGCAAGCCGUCAAAAUGCAUACAACAAACGUAAUCAAGGCACUUCUACGACCUCUGGCUUCUAUGAUUCGAAUUCGGCUUUCCAAUGGCAGCCAGGCAGUGAGCCAGGAAUCGACACUUCGACCGACGGUGUCGUGUCACAUGGCAAGACCUUUCCUUCGCAAAUAACAGCAGUGGACUUCAGCGAGGACCAGAUCGAACAAACCGAGCUUGACAACAACUCUUUGGAAGGCUUUCUCAAUAAACCUCGGCCAGAAUGGGCUAGCUGUCGCUGGAUCAACGUCAAUGGAUUGAGUUGGGAUGUUAUCAAGCUGCUAGGCAAUUUCAAAAAGCUUCAUCCUCUGGCUAUCGAGGAUCUGAUGCACACGGGGAACCGAACGAAAGCAGACUGGUAUCCGGAACAUGCAUUCAUCGUCAUGACUCUUCAGCGACUAACCAAGCUCUCCUCUCAAAAUGGCCAUAGAGAUGCUGAUAUUCAGAAGGCUCUGUCAAGUUCGGAGUCCCGCCACUCUACGCAGAGCCGCAGCGGUAUCACAUGGGGAACAGAAAAAACCUUCCAGCCACCUGACAACCAAACACACCUGCGCAGCUUACAAUCAUAUCGUGGAGAUCGCUCACCUGAGAGAGUGGCAUAUAUGGAGAAGAACUCGAUCUUGACAAGGAAAAGCCUAGGUGUCUCUAUCGAACAAGUUAGCGUGUUCCUCUGCAGCGACAACACUGUCGUGUCAUUCUUCGAGUACUCUGGCGAUGUUAUCGAGGAGCCCAUCCUGAAACGACUGAAUUCACCAGAGACAAUCCUUCGCCGAAGUGGCGAUGCUUCUCUGCUGGUACACUCGAUUAUCGAUGCUAUCACCGAUCUGGCCAUCCCCAUCGUCAGCACAUACGAGAAAGCCAUCGCCGAGCUUGAGAUGGACGUCCUCACACAGCCCGCAAUCGGACAUUCAAAAGCCCUCUAUAUCUUGACAUCUGAACUAUCAAUGCUAAGACAGCAAAUGCAACCCAUAGCCUCUUUAAUCAACAGUCUACGCGACCAUCACAGCACAGCACAACUCCUCAAUCAUCGACCCACCUCAUCUGCUGCCAAUCCUGUGUCGGACAUAGCCCGACGCAGCUCUGGUCCUGCAAUGAUCAAGUCGCAGACUCAAUCUUCAGUCAACAUUUCCCCUGCCGCACACACAUAUCUGGGAGACGUAGAGGAUCACUGUAUCAUGAUUAUUGCUUCCCUCGAUCAGAUGCGCACGCAAAGCGACAACAUGAUCAGUUUGAUCUUCAACACCAUGGGAGCAUAUCAGAACGAGAGUAUGCAGCAACUGACCUUUGUGACCAUUUUAUUCCUGCCUUUGACGUUCUUGUCCGGUUACUUUGGCAUGAACUUUGAAGAGUUCCCACCGUUGAAGAACUCGCAUAUGUUCUUCUGGUAUCUAGCUUUGCCCGUGACAUUCGGCAUGGUGGUAGUCUUGCUACGACAGAGACUCUUCCGUACAGUGAGAAGAUGGAUGAAUCCAGGUACACGCUCCCACAGACACGCGAUGCGCGAGCAACGCAAACGACUGUGA